UAGAGCACGGUCGCACAGGCAGACAUCAAGCACAGCACACAGCUAGCUAGCUAGACCCCCAUCCGGCCAUCAGCUAGCUAGAGCUCCCGCGCGUGCCUGCUGCAGUCACGCGCGCGCGCGCGUAGCUCAGCCUCCAGCCAUCCAUGCCGGCCUUCGCCGGGAGCGCAGCGGAGCCGCCGCUGGCAGACAGCUACUACGCGCUGCUCCGACGCCGCGGCGGCGGCGGCAAUAAUGAUGAUGAAGAAGCAUCAGGUGGCGCCUACUACUACGACACGACGUCGUCGACAGUGCCAUCGUCGGACGACGACGUGGCGGAGUGCGAGCUCCCGAUGAUCGACGUCGGGUGCCUGACGACCCUGACGAGGAGCGAGCACGGAUCGUCGUCGGAGGCGGAGCGGGCGGCGUGCACGGCCGCCAUCGCGCGCGCCGCCGAGGAGUGGGGCUUCUUCCAGGUGCGCAACCACGGCGUGUCGCAGGAGCUCCUGGACGAGAUGCGGCGGGAGCAGGCGCGCCUGUUCCGCCUGCCGUUCGAGGCCAAGGCCACGGCCGGCCUGCUCAACCACUCCUACCGCUGGGGCACCCCGACCGCGACGUCCCCGCAGCAGCUGUCCUGGUCCGAGGCCUUCCACGUCCCGCUCGCCGGCGUCUCCGGAUCCGCCGCCGCCGGCACCUGCGACUUCGGCGACCUCACCACCCUCAGGGAUGUGACUCGGGAGGUGGCGGGCGCGAUGUCAAAGCUGGCCGGCACGCUGGCGCGCGUCCUGGCGGAGGAGGCCCGGCCCCGGCCCUGCCUGCCCGCGGGCGGCGGCGGCGGUGGCGGUGGCGAGCGCUUCCCGGAGGGGUGCGACGAGACGACGUGCUUCCUGCGGCUGAACCGGUACCCGCCGUGCCCCAUCGCCGCCGACGCCUUCGGCCUGGUCCCGCACACGGACAGCGACUUCCUCACCGUGCUCUGCCAGGACCAGCAGGUCGGCGGCCUGCAGCUCAUGAAGGGGGGCAGGUGGGUGGCCGUCAAGCCAAUCCCCGGCGCCCUCAUCGUCAACAUCGGGGACCUCUUCCAGGCGUGGAGCAACAACAGAUACAAGAGCGUGGAGCACAAAGUGAUGACGAACGCCAAGACGGAGCGGUACUCCGUUGCCUACUUUCUUUGCCCGUCCUACGACUCGCCGAUCGGCACGUGCGAGGAGCCUUCUCUUUACAGGACGUUCACGUUCGGAGAGUACAGGCGAAAGGUGCAAGAAGAUGUCAAGAGAACCGGGAAGAAGGUCGGCCUCCCUAAUUUUCUCGUGUAAUGGCCUACAUACCCCUAGCUUUGCACACAACAGUCGUGCAAAUGUAUAUUGAGUUUUUGGACCAUGUCAAGGGCAUGUUCCUUUUUUGUAUACCUGCAGCUGGAGUGUGUUUCGAGACCGAGUGCUGUAGUGCUGUGUGAUAUUGGUAUAGACAUUAAUUAAUAAGUACUAAUCUGUAGCUUAAUUUGAUGUAGCUAGCUAGCAGAAUAUAUACAGGAAUGUAGUAGGAUCGAGAGCGUGCAUAUAUAUAUAUAUGUCAAUUAGUAAUAGCGAUCGUUGCCGAUGAUAAGGAGCUGAUCGUUUUGUGUGUUUUCGUUUGUAAGUGAAUUGUUUUGCUGUAUAAGAAUGAAUUUACAUGUAGGCUGGUAAUGGUGGAGAUUUUAUUA